UUGAUGAAUCGUUCAGAAUCUGUAUCUAUUUAGUAUCUGAGAUUAAAAUUAGUCUAGGGCCUGCUCUUAGUACACUUACUUACAUUUCAUCCUUAUUAACAUGACAUUUUGAUGGUCAUGACCUGAAUCAAACUAUCGCGUAGGUCACGGACCAUGUCAUUCCGCACUAGCACUAGGAAACUAACAAGCGAAAAAGGGUUCAUUUUUAACAAUGAAGUGGCUAAUUUUGAGUUUCUUAUUUUGUUAUGUGACGUCUGAAGACUCUGUGUCUGUCAGGAAGCCGACUCAGAGACGGUUCCAGUUGAGGAUCGUCGGCGGCGAGCCCACCACCAUCACCGCGCAUCCUUACAUGGUUCAGAUAUUGCUGAUGGGUUUACCGCACAGCGGAGCGGUCCUGCUCACGGCUCGCCACGCGCUCACCGCCGCGCACUGCUUCUAUUACGAAGACGGCAAGAUCCCCGCCACCAAGUUGUCGGUCCGCGCCGGGUCCACCUACUCCACGCAAGGGGGCUCCGUGCACCGGGUGGCCACUUACAUCAACUACGAGUCACAUACCAUCAUCUGGCAGACCUACGACAUCUCUGUGGUGGUGCUGGCGUCCAGGGUAUCCAACUACCGGAGCAGCUCGGUGCAGCCGGCCAGCAUCCCCCCAGAGGGGUAUGUGGUGCCCGAUGAUGUGCAGGUGAUGGCCGUCGGAUGGGGACAGACUGAUCCGAACUGCAACUCGUCGGUGUCCAUCACGCUCCGCCACACAGUGAUCCGCACCAUCGAGCGACGCGCGUGCAACGCUCUGUACCUCCACACGCAUCUGCACGUUGAUGAUACCAUGAUCUGCGCCGGAAUGCCCGGGGGAGGCCGGGACGCCUGUAUGGGCGACUCCGGGGGCCCACUGGUGUGUGGGGGGGUGGUGGUGGGGCUGGUCUCGUGGGGCAUCAGCUGCGCCAACGAGUCUUACCCCGGAGUGUAUACGAGAGUCGCGAGCUAUACGGAUUGGAUUAUGAGGACGGUACAAAAACACCAAAAUCUCAGUUUGGCAGAUAGCGUUAAUACAGCUCACGUUGACUUUGGUCUGAUGCCACUUUUGUUAGGAUCUUCAAUAGUGCUAAUAAGAAGUAUAUUGUUUUUCUAAGUACUUACAUAAGUAUAGAUCAUUAGAUCAAUGU